CGGGCAUGGGGCUGCGGGUACUGUGCGUCGCGACCCGCCGCUCGCUGCCGUCGCUGCUGCUACGGGCGGCCGCCGUGGGCUCUGCGUCGGCGGGGACAGCAGGGAGCUGCCAGCGGGCACCCGGCGGGGUUCGCGGUUUCCGAAGCGCCGUCGCCGCCAUGGCCCCCAUCAAGGUGGGCGACACCGUCCCCUCGGUGGUCGUGUUUGAAAAGGAGCCUGGGAACAAGGUGAACCUGGCGGAGCUGUUCAAGGACAAGAAAGGGGUGCUGUUCGGGGUCCCCGGAGCUUUCACCCCCGGCUGCUCCAAGACCCACCUGCCCGGCUAUGUGGCGGACGCUGAGAAGCUGAAGGCCAAGGGCGUGCAGCUGGUGGCCUGUCUGAGCGUCAACGACGUCUUCGUGACCGAGGAGUGGGGACGAGCCCACAAAGCGGAGGGCAAGGUUCGGCUCCUGGCUGACCCCACUGGCGCCUUUGGGAAGGAGACGGGCCUGCUGCUGGAUGACACCUUAGUGCCCCUCUUUGGGAAUCAGCGACUCAAGAGGUUCUCCAUGCUGAUAGAGAACGGCGUCGUGAAGACCUUGAACGUGGAGCCCGACGGCACGGGCCUCACCUGCUCCCUGGCCCCCAACAUCCUCUCCCAGCUCUGAGCCCGGCCCGACUGUCCCCUCCCUCCUCUGCUGCUGUUUCCCUACGGGAACCCGGGCCAGAUUUCAGCAAUAAACACUUGCUCCCA